UGAAUGCAUUGGAUGUGUGUUCGGGUGUAGGCUUUGAGUGCUUUCAUAGCAGUGAGUGCUUUGACUCAACACUUGAUUGCUGUGAAUGUCAACUAAUCCACGGUUUCAUUGCCUGCACACAGUCUGUUGAGUGCUGUCACUGUCACCCAAACACAUCCAAUACAUCCACACAUCUGUCACACACUGGUCUCCAUUUGCCUCCAAUGACAAGCCGUUGACACGGAAGUGGACACAAGAAUGAGCGCAAAGAAGUGCAGCCGAUGUGACAAAACUGUUUAUCCCAUCGAAGAACUCAAGUGUUUGGAUAAGGUGUGGCACAAGCUAUGCUUCAAAUGCCAGGAGUGCGGCAUGACUUUGAAUAUGAAGAACUACAAGGGAUUCAACAAACUUCCCUAUUGUAAUGCACACUGUCCUCAGGCUCGGGCGACAGCAGUGGCCGACACACCAGAGGCGCGCCGAUUGGCGGAGAACACGAAACUUCAGAGUCAAGUGAGAUAUCACGAGGACUUCGAGCGCCAGAAGGGAAAGUUGACUCAAGUGGCGGACGAUCCCGAGACCCUGCGCAUCCGGAACAUCUCCCAUGCGAUCAGUAACGUUGCAUAUCAUGGAGAGUAUGAGAAGAAGAAACAGAUGGAACAGAAGAGGACUCUGGGAACCGGUCCUCCGCCACAGCACACCAACAACGGACUCACAGCACACACACCACACAUGCCUUUCACUGCACCCACAGCUCACAUAAUCGACGAAAACAAGAACUCCCGACAAAACACACCAAAUAUUCAACACAACAACGACUCAAUCAAUCAUAACAUUAGAAACAGUGGUGACGCUAAUCAAUAUCAUCACAAUAUAGGCGCUCAGACGCUACAGUUCCAGCCAAAUACCAACAAAGAACACAACGCCUACUCAUCCAAACUCCAAUCCACAGUCAUCUACACCUCCGAUGACGGACCAGUGAACGAGAACUCCAAGAAAGUUGGAUCCAUUGCAGACUACGACCCCAUUAAUGAUAACUACGGCUCCAUUGCUAGUGGUUAUCGACUCGAUCCUACCGGUGCUUACUAUUCAGGU